AGAAAUCUAGGGCUUUUACAUUCGUAUCAAUAUCGAAUAGAAUACUAGCCCUGGAUUUACCAACGCUUGGUGCAUGUAUUGUGGCUUCCUCCCGAAGGCCCUAUCCCGAACGUCUCGGUCAUUCAAAUACCGGAGGAGUUUUCCAUACAUGUAGGCGUGUACACUUUCAAGCAACCUAUCUAAGUUCAGUCAUAAUUUCCAACAUAGAGACCAUACAGCCCACGAUGUCAGACCCGAAACCACAUAUCGUCCUCAUCCCCGGCCUCUGGGUUGGCCCCAAAGUCUAUUCUGACGUCUCCUCCAAUCUCCAAUCUCAGAACUACACAACCACCACCAUCCCACUGCGCAGUACAGGCUGCCGAUCUCCCGGAAACCCAAGCAUGCACGAUGACGAAGAAUUCAUCCGCAGCAAACUUGUACAGCUUAUCGAGACCGAGCAGAAGGACAUUGUCAUGGUGAUGCAUUCCGCAGGUGGGUUUUUAGGAACAGCUGCCGUCAAGGACUUGAGUAAGAAAACGAGAUCUGAGAGAGGAAUGAAGGGUGGUGUUGUGGGGUAUGUGUUCUUGAGCGCAGCGUUUGUGGAGGUUGGUUAUGAGCAUGUGGAUCCGCCGUUUUUUGUUGUGAAUAAUGAUACGGGAGAAACGCACUGCAUUGAUCCUAAAAGCACUCUAUUCAAUGAUAUGGAUGAGGAGAGUACGGCGAAGUGGAUAAAGGAACUACGAUGCCAACCUGCCAAAGGUUGGGGUUUGACUACUGAGUAUGCGGGGUUCCGGGAUGCACCAAGUGUGUAUCUGAUCUGUGAGAAGGAUGAGUGUGUUCCAUUCGAGUGGCAGACAAAACUUGCAACAUUGGCAGGAUCUAGGAUGGAGAGAUGUGCUGCUGGACACAUGCCUAUGCUGAGCAUGCCGGAAAAGGUUGUAGAAGUUAUCAUUGGUGCUGCGAAGGAGUUUGGUCUAUCACCAUCAGCCUAG